AUUGCUCGGAAGAUCCUCCGUCGCCAGUGAACGGCUACACAGAAUGCUCGACGUAUGCUGGAUGUCGCGCUCUCUGCAACAGACGCUACAAGUUCCCCACGGGCGAGAGGAGAUUAAUGAUGAUGUGUGAAAACAAUCACUGGACCAUGACUAGAAUCCACUAUGAAGACUUACCUGACUGUCACCCUGUCUGUAACCCUCCGUGCCAGAACAUGGGAAUCUGUUUGGCACCGAACAAGUGUAACUGUCCACCCAACUGGCAAGGCAGGUCGUGUGAGGUGCCCAAGGGCCUACCCUCGAAAUCGUGUGCAAAUAAGAAUCCGACACCCAAAAAUUCGAGGAUACAAUGCAGCAGAAGCGAGUGCAGAGCGGAGUGUUUCGAUGGCUACCACUUCGCUGAAGGCACGACCACCCUCACCUACAAGUGUCAGGAUGGCAACUGGGUCAUCCCUGAUCCCGCCUGGACCGACUCCAUGCCUAACUGUUUACCCAUAUGUGACCCCCCUUGCAUGAACGAGGGCAAGUGCAUCGUUCCCAAUGUGUGCCAGUGUACCCCAGAGUACCGUGGUGACAUCUGCCGUUACCACAUCUCAACCUGCGACCCUAAGAACCUCAAAUUUAACGGAAACUUUAACUGCUCUGGAGAAGGUAUGAUGUUUGGGUGUGUGUUGACCUGCCCACUUGAAGUGGAGUUUACGUUUCCUGCGACAUCCUUCUACAGCUGUGACUAUUCCACCGGCGUUUGGUCCCCAUCACCCGUACCCUUGUGUGACUACAGUUUCUUAGCUGUCAAUACAACUGUCAGGGAAACGAACGUUACCAUCAUUACCAGCACAACCACCCAGAAAAGACGCCAAGGCUUAUGCUUCACUUGGGCUGGCACACACUACAAGUCCUUUGACAACAAUAUUUACAGCUUUGAGAGCUCGUGCUCCUUCACGCUGCUGCAGGACUCCACCCAAGGCACCUUUACUGUCAACCUGCAUAAUGCUGAUGGUUGUAAAGGACAAAUGUGCCAGAAAGUUAUUCAAAUCUUCUUGGAGGAUGACGAAUAUAUUCUUCAGGCCACUGAGUCAGGACGGCCGAGCCUGUCAAACCGGAACACCAACCUGGCGAUCCCUGGGCAGAUUAACGGCAUUUUUGUGCAACGAGUGGCGCACUUUGUGGUGAUCAAGCUAUGGGGCCUCGGCCUCACCCUCAAGUGGGACAUGAAGAACCUGGUGGAGGCAGAGGUCAGUGAGGUCUUGUGGAACAGGACGUCAGGGCUGUGUGGUCGACUUGAUGGCAACAUGGACAAUGACUGGAGCUAUCCUGAUGGUACUCUGGUGACCAACAUGAACUCUUUUCUACAAGUCUGGCAGGCCAAGACCCUCGGUGAUGUGUGUCUGGAACAGCCUAAGAUGAAGCACCCAUGUAAGGCUCAAGCUCGAGAUGCAAAUGAAUUCUGUUCUCGCCUGCAGUAUGACCUGAAGUUUGUCUUUUGCCGCCAGGUGGUGGAUGUGGAGCCGUACAUCAACGCCUGCCGCUGGGACUACUGUGACUGUGACUCCCAGGACCGUGAGGCGUGUGCCUGUGAAUCCUUCGCCGCUUUCUACAGGGAAUGUGCCAGCGUCGGGGGUGACAUUCCCGGCGGCUGGCGCUCACAGGACCUCUGCCCGGUUGAGUGCAGAGGAGGCAAAGUGUACAACCCGUGCAUGUCUACUAUCCAGCCCCGGUGUGGCCUGCCAUCUGAUGGUGGGCCUCCUGACUUCUGUGUGGAGGGCUGUGAUUGUCCCAGGGGCCUGGUGCACCAUCAAGGCAACUGUAUUCCUGUCAGUGACUGUCCCUGUACUCAUCACAAAAGGGAAUACAACGCCGGAGAUACCAUAUCCCACGGUUGCAAUUCUUGUACAUGUCUGGAAGGAGAGUGGGUGUGUACGGAGGUGAAGUGUGGCUCCCGCUGUGCUGCUGUGGGUGACCCUCACUACACCACCUUUGAUGGCCGCCGCUUUGACUUCAUGGGCAAGUGUUCCUACUACCUGGUGCAGGCGCAGGACUUCAGUAUCGAGGUUGAGAAUCAGCCAUGUGCUGGUGCCUUCUCCGAGAACAUGAACUUCCAAGGAUCAGUGGUGAGUCAGUAUCCAUCCUGUACCAAGUCAGUGACCGUGCGUACAGAAGGUACAGUGAUACAUCUCAAGCAGGGUAAGGAGGUCACUGUUAAUGGGGUGGAGCUCAGGAGAAUGCCUGCCUGGGUCACUGGUGCAUACAUCAAGAUUGCUUCCAGUAUCCUCGUCAUAGUUGAGUUGAGCAAUGGGAUGGACGUGUGGUGGGACGGCCAGACUCGUGUGUACGUAGAUGCUCCAGCAAAGUUUCGUGGGGAGACAGCUGGUCUGUGUGGCACCUUCACUGACAACCAGCGGGAUGACUUCCUCACACCAGAGGGAGACAUAGAACAAGAUGUUGUUGCUUUUGCAAAUAAGUGGAAAACUUCUGAGAAUUGCCCAGACCAGCCGUUGGAGCCUGAGACUCGACCGUGUGAGAGACAUGUACAGAAUAAGGAAAAGGCUGAAAAAUAUUGUGCGAAGCUCAAGUCCCAUGUGUUUAGUGAGUGUCAUGUAGCUGUGGAUCCUGAGCCAUACUACCAGGACUGCUUGUAUGACUUAUGUUCCUGUGAGACCAACAUAGAUGAAUGCUUCUGCCCAGUGGUGUCUGCUUUUGGCAAAGAGUGUGCUAGAAAGGGCACCAUUAUAGACUGGCGCACCGAUAUCCGCGAGUGUGAGAUUCAGUGUACUAAUGGGCAAGAGUAUCAGGUAUGUGGGAACAGCUGUUCUCGCACUUGCCUGGAUCUAACCACCAACACCGAUUGCAUCAAAAAAUGUGUGGAGGGCUGCAAUUGUCCAAUUGGGUUUACUCUGGAUAGUGAUGACAUAUGUUUGCCCAUUAGUGAAUGCCCAUGUGUACAUGAUGGUGAAGAGUACGAGCCCGGACAUAAGAUGAGGCAGCAACAGGUUGAUGGCGCCUUUCUAAUGUGUGAGUGCAACAAUGCUGCCUGGCAGUGCAGGAAGCCACAGAGCAAUGAAACUAUGACCGAAGCUCCUGUGCCAAAAUGUCAAGGAGAAGACCACGAGGUUUACAGUGAUUGUGUGCCACAAGAGCAGCAUACCUGUCAGACAAUGCACUUAAAAGUGAUCGCUGAUGAGACAUGUCGUCCAGGCUGCACUUGUGCUGCAGAUUACGUGCGUGAUUCCACAAGUGGUGUGUGUGUCCUUCGUAAGGACUGUCCUUGCCAUCAUGGUGGCCGCUCCUACAAUGAAAAGGAUAGCAUUACAGAAGACUGCAACACAUGUGUAUGUAAGAGUGGCAUGUGGCUGUGUACAAAGAAACAGUGUCCAGGAAUCUGCACUGCCUGGGGAGACUCUCACUACAAGACCUUUGAUGGCCGCCUCUAUGAAUUUCAAGGCGACUGCGACUACCUCCUGGCCAAGGGAAAGACCUCUGACGUGGAUAACUUUGAGGUCGUAAUACAGAAUGUACCAUGUGGGACCAGUGGAGUGACUUGUGCCAAGUCCAUCACACUGAGGGUUGGUAAAGGAGAUGCCCAGGAGAUCAUUGAGUUCUCACAAAAUAAACCCACACCUUUCAGGAAUAUGACAAGAACCAUCAUCCGUGAGGCAGGAGUGUUUGUUUUUGCUGAGGUGACAGAUAUAGGUCUAGUGCUGCAGUGGGACCGUGGAACCCGUGCCUACCUCAGACUUGAUCCUCUCUGGCAAGGAAAGGUACGAGGAUUGUGUGGCAAUUACAAUGGAGAUGAACAGGAUGACUUCCAGACUCCUUCAGGUGGUUCCAGUGAAGCAUUAGUCAACAUCUUUGGAGAUUCUUGGAGGUUACAGAACAGUUGUCCCGACAGUGUUUCGAUUAAGGACUCCUGCAGUCUACACCCCUACAGGAAAGUUUGGGCUACUGAGCAAUGUGCCAUCCUAAAAACAGAGAUCUUUGCUCCAUGUCACUCUGAAGUGCCUGUCAAACCCUAUGAGGAAAGGUGCCUGUUUGAUGCUUGUGCCUGUGACACUGGUGGAGACUGCCACUGUUUGUGUACAGCUGUAGCUGCCUAUGCUCAUGAGUGUAACAUCCAUGGGGUGUACAUUAAAUGGCGUACACCAGACUUUUGCCCUAUGCAGUGUGAUGAAACGUGUGAACAUUAUGAGGCCUGUAUCCCCACCUGUCCUCUACUGACCUGUGACACACUGUUCAGCCCCAAAUCACCAAUGUGUACACAGGAUGCAUGUGUUGAAGGUUGUUCCAAAGAUGAGUGCCCUCCAGGCCAGGUGUACAAAAGUUCCACUGAACUACGAUGCGUGCCUAAGUCACAAUGUGAAAUGAAGUGUAUGGUGAUAGAUGGAAAAUUAUACAAAGAAGGUGACAUUAUUUCCCAAGAUGAAUGUCAUAGAUGCUUCUGUUCACAUGAGAAGAAGGUUUGUCGUGGAACUCCUUGCACUACCACUGUGACUGAGAGUUUCAAAAUUACCACUCCACCUAUCAUAACCCCAACUGUGGGGCUGGACUGCAGGAGUGGGUGGACAGAAUGGAUCAGUGAAGACCAGCCUAUAGCCUCCAGGAAGAACUCUGACAAAGAGAGGGUGCCAGAGAAGAUCAACGAGGGCACUGAUGACAAGGGCUUCUGCAUGCGUGCCCAAAUUGUGGACAUGACCUGCAGGAGCGUAGGAACCCACCGACCCCACACAGAACAGCAAAAUGUGAAGUGCUCAUUGGAGGAGGGACUGAUGUGCCAGGGCCGGGAUGAUGCAACAGGGGCUAAUGCUUGCUGGGACUAUGAAGUUUCCUUCCUCUGUGACUGCAAUGCUGUCUUCACCACGGUUACUACCCCCAUCCUUGUCUCCGUCUCAACUUCUCCUAUACCUGAGAACUUCACUACCAUCCCACCAAUUGUUCCUGUGAAACCCCCAAGCUGUGAGGAGGAGCCAGGCUGGAGUCCCUGGUACAACAUGCACAUUCCAAAUGCUGAUGGCGAGUUUGAGUUUGUGACCGAGAUCCGAAAGUCUUACUCACUCUGUCCAGACCACUACAUUACUGAAGUAGAGUGUCGACCAGUGAUGGGAGGAGAGAUGGAGUCUUUCAUCUUUUGUGAUAAGAAAGGUGCCAGGUGCAGGAACAAUGCUGGACGGCAGUACUGCCAGGACUAUGAGGUGCGGGUGUUUUGUCAUUGUGAGUGCCAGGAUGGUCUGGGCAUGGAAGACUUUAGUAUCACCAAUGGUAAGAUUACUGCCUCGUCUUCGUUGGGCCCUGCUGACAAACCUUAUGCCGCACGCCUCAACUUUAAUUGGGCUUGGACAGCACAGACUGUGGACGAAGAUGAAGCACAGAAAGAAUGGCUGCAGGUUGAUCUUGGAGAAAUAAAAGAAGUGACUGGUGUGGUAACUCAAGGACAUCCAAUACUUCCUCGUUAUGUGGAGAAGUUUGCUGUUCAUAUUUCAGACACAGGAGAAGAUUUUAAGAGUAUUAAAGACAGGUUUUCUCCAUUAACCAAGGAAUUUACUGGCAAUACGGAUGGGACUACUCCUGUGGCGAACCUAUUCCCAGAACCUGUGUUUGCUCGCUAUGUCAGAAUCAUCCCUAUUCACUUCAACGUUGCCAUCUCUCUCAGAGUAGAGCUCAAGGGCUGUGACAUCAUAGGGACGACGACACCUUCUUCUCCUGUUGUAGUGACAACCUCUACCACAGAGUCAACGUCCGGGCCUCCUCAGUGUGUUAAUGGAUGGACACCCUGGAUGAACACCUAUACACCUAACCCAGCAAAUUGGGAUGACAUGGAUGACCUUCGCUCCCUGGCAGAAAAGUACACUUUCUGUGCUUCCCAUCAAAUAAUGGACACACAGUGUCGAGUGGUUGGUGUGGGACUGACCCCAGAGGCUUCAGGCCAGGUGGGCGUCACCUGCAACACCAAUACUGGCCUUCAGUGUAAUGAUGACCUGCAGGCUCCUCAACAUUGUUACGACUAUGAAAUCCGUUUCUACUGUGACUGUAACCAAACUCCAACACCAAUUACCACACAUCCGACUGUGCUGCCCCCAGAGUCAUGUAGUCUCAUGAGCCCACAGUUCAAGCAGCAUGAAUAUGAUUGCAAGAAGUUCUAUGAGUGUGAAAUCACACCUUCUCAAAUGGCAUACGUAGUCAGGGACUGUGGAUCUGGUGAACUGUUCAAUACCAAUACUCUUUCCUGUGAUUCUGAGAACAUUGUCAUAGCUCAAAGGCCUGAGUGUAGAGGGUGAGAUAACAGACAUUGAGUGUGUGGAGGCUGAUACCGGUUUAAAAACAGCUGCAGAUAAAGGCACCAUCUGUGAUGUAACUAACGGCUUCUACUGUGAUAAUGCAAUCCAAGACACAGGGAUAUGUCAUGACUACAAGAUUAGAUAUUAUUGUUCAUGUGAGCCAACAAUAUCUACAACUACAAUAGUAACAGAGACCGUAACUACUCCACUACUUCCCUGUGAUCCAGAUAUGUUCCUACAUCUGCUUGAAGAUGUUGAAGACGAAGCUUUCUCCUCUACUACUGCACGUAAUGCCCUCUACGGUCCUUCCAGUGCACGUCUUUAUCAUAAGGAUGGCAGCCUUAAUUCUAGGAGCUGGGCACCAUUGUAUAGUAAUGAAGAUCAGUUUAUCCAAGUGGACCUUGGCUCAGUGGAGCCUGUGUAUGGUGUGGAGGUGGCUGGCAAUCCUCUCACCAAGGACAGGGUGACGGCCUUCACUGUUGAAAUCUCCCGAGACAGCAGACUGUGGAGUGUGCUGCCACGUGACCCCACAAACCCAGCUGGUCAACCAAAGAUUUUCAGAGGUGCUGUGACUGCCUCCGAGCCCGUAAUUCAGAUAUUUACAAAACCUGUAGAAACACGAUAUGUGAGAUUGAAGCCCACAGACUGGUACCAAGCCAUUGCCUUGAGGUUUGAAGUCAUUGGCUGUGGGGGUGUUACUAUACCCUCUACUUCUACAGUCAAGCCAGAGUGCGAAGAACAAAUGGGGCUGGAGAAUGAGGAGAUGUCAGACCAUCAGAUCAUAGUUUCCUCAGUCCUCAACAAUCAAGAACACUUUUAUGGGAAAAAAAAUAUCCGCCUCAACAGCCCGUCCAUUCCACAAGAGUCUGCAGGAGCUUGGGUAGCAGAACCCAAAACUGACCAGUUUGUUCGAUUUGACUUCCUGGAGCCGAGCAAGCUGUCAGGAUUGAUAUUACAAGGGCGAAGUAACAAGGACGAGUGGGUAGAAACAUUCACUGUCCGCUACUCUCCUGAUGGUCAGACGUGGAGUACUGUCAAGAACCCAGAUGGGAGUGACAAGGUGUUUCCUGGCAAUUAUGACAGAAGUACAACAACGGAGACCAAGUUUGAAAGACUCAUCCAAGCUCGUUUCUUGGAGAUCAGACCAAAGACAUGGAAAAGCAAUAUUGCCAUGAGAGUUGAAGUGCUUGGCUGUUUCCACCCAUACCAUGAGAUAGAAACCACAACACCCUUGGAGAUAACUACACAGCCAACACCUCCUCGCUGCUCCCCCUGCCCAAGUCUCCCACAUUAUUACUACAGCACAUGUAUUCCUUGUUCUUCUGGCCGGUAUUUUGAUGGCCAUACCUGUGUGGAAAAAAUCCUCUGUCCAUGUUUCGAUGAUGCUGUUAGAUAUGAUCCUGGAGCAGUAUUUGAAUCAUUUGAUUGUGAAGUCUGUAGCUGCUUGGUGGGAGGAGAUAUAAAGUGUGCUAAGAAGGAAUGCCCUCCUUGUGAAGAUGAUCAACAAGCCAUUGUAGCAGCACAGUGUGCCUGUUUGUGCAAGCCUUGCCCUGAUGGAACCAAACUUUGUCCAUCCAGCAACUACUGUCUAAAUGAGUCGUCUUGGUGCAAUGGUAUUGAGGAAUGUCCAGACGAUGAACUAAAUUGUAUUACUACAACUCCAGUGACUACUACUGCUCCGCCGUGUCCUGUUCCCACCUGUCCACCAGAUUAUGUUAUUACUCUUCUGCCACAACAGGUGGGUGACGUGUGUCCCAGUUAUGAGUGCAUUCCUUCUGUCACGUCAACAACAACUACAAAGCCUGAGUGCCCUCGAAUCUGUCCAAAAGGCUAUAUAGUCCAGGAUGCUGUAAACAUUGAGGAAGAGUUUCCGGAUGGAGCAUGCAGUCCGUACGAGUGCGUUCCAACAGAACCUCCACCCUGCUCACAGCCCAAAUGUGCUGACCAAUAUGAGAUCUUUAAAUUGACAUCACAUCCAGGAUCAUGUCCUCGGUAUGCCUGUGUACCGAUUCUGCAACCAUGUCCACCUGUGGAGUGCCCAGAAGGAAUGUUCAUUGAGUAUAUAACUGAUUCUGAGUCAGCACCUUGUCCAAGAUAUAAGUGUACUUCAUGUCCUCCAGUGGAGAGACCCAGAUGUCACAUGGGUGAAGAGUCCUACAUAACCAACCCAAAUGACUCCUGUCCGGUGUAUGACUGCAGACCCUUCACAAGCACGUCAACAUCCAAACCUAUAUUGGAAGGCAAUAUCCCCCAAAAUUGUAAAGUGGAUGGAUCGACCAUCUCCUCCUUUGAUGGCAGCAGCUUUGAGGUGGAGAUCUGUAAUCACAUCUUGGCUGAAGAUAUGACCAACAAAAACUGGAUUGUGGCCGUGCAUCACAACUGUACAGGGAAAGAAACGUGUGGUCGUUAUGUGACUAUCACACAAAAUAGCGUGCAGCUGAUAUUACAACGAGACCGUCAUGUUAUCUGGAAGGAUAGUAUCUAUACAGUUACUCAGGCUCAGCGAAUUGGGAAUUCCACCAACGCCUUCAAAAUAUAUUCAGUUGGCAAUGAUACCAUCAUGUUUAAGUCAACUAUAUACAAAUUCGAGAUUAGGUGGAAUGUGGAGACAGACAUCAAUAUUGUUGUUUACUCGGAUCUGAUCCGUAAGGUAGAUGGCCUGUGUGGUUUCUACUCAGGAGACCCCAGCGAUGAUAAAAGAAAACCUAAUGGGGCAAUGGCAAUGAGCUACACUGAGUUGGCUCAGUCAUGGGCCUUAAAUAACAACACAUGUGAGAAAAAGUGCACAUCUGAAGUUAGCAAAAAAGCACAUGAACUCUGCAGAGCUAUUCAGUCCAAACCCUUCACUAAGUGCCACAGCACUGUUGACCCAGCACCAUUCAUGAAGGGAUGUGUGGACACCAUGUGUGAAUGUCUAAGUGGUGACACUCAUCAAGAGGAAUGCCGAUGCCAGGCUUUUACACAUUAUGUCACCCGCUGUCUUGAGAAGAACCCUGAGGCUCCCAUUGCUGACUGGCGUAUUGUUGCCAAGUGCUAUAAGGAAUGUGGUCCCGGAGAAGUUUAUCAGGAUUGCUUCCGUGCUGAGUGUGAGGAUAGUUGUGAGUCUUUGCACGAUAAGAAUGGUUGCCCAGAGAAGGUCAAUUCUUGUGUGUCCGGCUGCUUCUGUAUCCCAGGGCUAUUACGCAAAGGUGAAAGCUGUGUCCGGCCAGAGCUGUGUCGAGACUGUGUGUGUGAAGCCUAUGGUGACCCACACUACACAACAUUUGAUAGAUACAAAUUCACUUUUAAUGGAGAAUGUUCAUAUAUUGCUGUACAGGACAAGAACCGUGCGGGUCAUCAUAAGUUCCAGGUGAUAUCCCAUAGCAAGAAGUGCACCACAGAACCAGUGACCAUGUGUAUUGAUUCCAUAACCAUCCUCUACAACUCUCAUUCUGUGAUCAUCUCUGCUUAUGGAAAAGACACUGUCAGAGUGAGUGUUGAUGGCAGUGAAGUGACCAGCUUCCCCCAUCAAACACCUUCGUUGGAAGUGGAACGACCAGAUUCUUCUCAGGUUAUGGCAGCCAUUCAUGAAAUACAAAUGGAGGUGAAUUACCAUCUUGAAAACUUUGGAUUUUCCAUUCGUUUACCAUCGCAUCUUUAUUUCAACAAGACUGAAGGGCUGUGUGGCAACUGCAACUACAAUAAGGAUGAUGACACUGUGGCAAAGAACAUUGGCUUGGUUGAAUCUGUAGAGACUUUUGGACGUAGUUGGUUGUUGAAGAAUGAACCAAGUUCUUGUGGUGUGUUGAAGAAGGAAAAGAACCUCUGCCUACCACUGCCUCCUGAUGAGGAUCCAUGUCUACAUAUUAUGGAUCAAGAGCUAUUUGGAAAGUGCCACCCAGUUGAGGAUCCAGUGCCAUAUGUGUCCUCUUGUCAACUUGAUAUUUGUAAUAGUACUGAGCCAAAAAUAGCAGCAUGCCACAGUCUUGAGGCUUAUGCCAGACGCUGUGCUGACUUGGACAUCUGUUUAGACUGGCGUUCUGAAGAACUAUGUCCAAAGAAAUGUACUGGAGGUCAGGAGUAUCGUGUAUGUGUAUCAGGUUGUGUACAUACCUGUGAAAACUAUGAGGAGCUUGAAAAGAAACCUGAUGCUUGCCCUGUUUCUACUGUUGAUGGCUGCUUCUGCCCUGAGGACAUGGUAUUGUAUGAGGGAACCUGUGUUGACAAAAGCUAUUGCCAUGUCUGUGAUGAUGAGGGGCACCGUGUAGGUGAUACUUGGCAGGCAGAUGCUUGUACUACAUGUAAUUGUACUGAGAAUGGCAACCUUUGCAUGGAACAGAAAUGUCUUCGUCCUCUCAUCUGUGAUGCAGGUUUUCAACUGACUGAGAUUCCUGGAACUGAGGAUGGUUGUUGUGGACCACAGUUUAAGUGUAAAGAAAUACCCAAAGAAAAUUGUACAACUCCAGUUGAACCACAGGGUGAUUGUGGUUAUGGACAAAUAUGGAAGCUUAUUGAGGCACUUGGCAAGUGCCCUCAGUAUGCUUGUGUAUGUCUAGAAUCAGAAGAAUGUCCUCAGCUAGUUAAGCCCAGAGAUGAGGAUCUUAAACCAGGUGAGGAGUGGACGGUGGAAGACUCGGGGUGCUGUGCCAAAUACAUCAAACGAUGCACUGGAAAAUGUCAUGAGGUCAUUUGUCCAGAAUUUCAGGAUGUAUCAAAAGACCAACUGCAGAAGGAUGAGUGUUGUCCUCAGAUUAAGUGUGUUCCUCCAAGUGAUGCCUGUAUAUAUGAUCACCAGUAUCUUGUUGAUGACAAAGGUUAUCAACAACCUGCAGAAACCUCUUUAGUCUCCCAGAAAAAGUUGUAUAAGAUUGGUGAACAGUGGGAAGAUGGGUUGUGCCUAACUUGUAAGUGUUCAGUAGACAUUGAUGGGCUGCCACACUACCAGUGUACUAAGCAGACCUGCCCAACUCUUGACAGUCAUCCAGACCGUGGAGAGUAUGAGCUGGAGAGUGUGGAGACACCAGGUCAAUGCUGCCCACAGAUAAUUAGAACUGCUUGUAUAGAUGGCUAUGAGGCCAUUCAGAUUGGAGAGACACUUGAUGACCCCUUGAAUGAAUGUCGAAGUGUAAGAUGUGUCAAAACCCCAGAUGAUAAAGUUGAGAAAAGAGAAGAAAUACAAACUUGUGUUAAAUCCUGCUCCUCUGGCUGGAAGUAUGAGCCACCACUCCUCGAAGCCAAGAAGUGCUGUGGAGAGUGUGUCCAGGUUGCCUGUGUUGUGGAGAGCCAAGUAAAAGCUGUGGGUGAGACCUGGGUGUCAGAUGACCUGUGCACCACCUAUACCUGUGCCAGAGAUAAACAUGACCAGAUCCAGAUUCAGGCAGUGGAAGAACAGUGUACUGAGCCGAACGAGGAAGACCUUCAGCAUUAUGUGUAUGAUAAGGAACCACCUGUACCUGGCCAGUGUUGCCCUGUUUACACCAGAGUGGCUUGUCUCAUGAACGACAAUCAAAGCAGAAUAGAGAUUGGGGUAACUGUCCAAGAUCCCAAUGACAGUUGUUUAAGCAUCAGCUGUGUGUCUAGUGCUGAAGGUAACAUCACGCGCCGUGAGAGGGAGAUAACCUGUGACGUACUCUGUGAUAGAGGUUCAUCUUACAGUCAACCUGUUAGUGAUGAAUGCUGUGGCAAGUGUAUUCCAACACACUGUGUUGAUGAUGAUGUAGCUUACUCCAUUGGUCAACAUUGGGAGAGUGAAGAAAACGUCUGUUUUGAGUACAGCUGUGAACUUCGUAAUGGUGUCCCAACUACUGUUGCAACCAGGAAGGAAUGUCCAUAUUUUGACCCUGAGUGUCCUGAUGAAGCUAUAUAUAUGGAUGAGUUUGGUUGUUGCAAAGGGUGCAAUACUACAACAGGAAAGUGUAAACCAGAGGUCAUACCUCUUGAAGAAACUGUCGGCCUCUUUGAGAUAUCUUUACCACGUAGGGGAACAUGCAGAAACACCAAUACUGUUCCCAACUUUAAGCGGUGCUCUGGAUCCUGUGAUUCCUUUACAGUGUUUCAGAAGCAAGGUCAACAGCAAAAACAUGUCUCCACAUGUUUCUGCUGUAAACCUUCAAAAUCUGACAAGAUGGAGGUAGAGCUGCUCUGUGAUACAGGAGAAACCUACAUCUCUCAUUAUGAUAACAUUGUAGAGUGUCAGUGUCUUGAAUGCAGUGAUAACCCCCAAGAAUAUGAGCCUUCUAAAAGAAUUAAACAAUAGAUUGAAAAUUCUAAGAAAUAUAUCUAAUUCCAUCAACUAGGCUCACCACCAUGUACCUGUGCUGGCUAUAUUGUGUGUGUGAAGUAACUACUAAGAUGGACCCAACCUGUUGACAACCCCCGCUUGACUACAACCUUCACCAGUUUCCUCACUUAUCUUAACCCUAAGGUGACAGUGCAAAAACUUCUCAUAUAAUAAUGAUUUAUUAUCAGUUUCAACUGUGGAAAAUAACUGAUGAUAUCACCUUUUGAUGACAUAAGAAUGCUGCCUAAAGUUUUUGAUAUUAAAGGAACUGCGCUUGGUUCACUGGACAGAUGAUGACUGACCUCCAUGAACAAUGACCCUCACUAUAUUUACUCUUACUACAUGCAAGCAUAAAAAAUACAAAAACAUUGAAGCAAUAAUAAAACUACAUAAAAAUGAGUGUUGAAGCAAACACAAUAUAUUAAAAAAACAUGAGCAAUGAAAAGUACAAAAACAUUGUUAACACAAAUUUUUUUUGUUUUUUUUAAUAAAAGUAACAUUAAA